CUCAAAACGACGCUCAAAACAAAUUCCACGAUAGUAAGGUACUAUCAUUCAGGCUUCAGCGACAGAGAACGAGAAAAAUCAGCGUCACCCCUCCCAGAUUCCUACAUAACGCUGUGACCACUGCUAUGGCGACCAGGCCGACACCAUUUCCUUCCUCUUUCCUAACCCGAAAAAAGAUCCUCUCCCGUUUCACUUUCUUUAAACAAUUUUCGAUUUUGUUAAACGACAAGAAAUGCAGUCGUUUUCGGUGUCAGAUUAAGAGUUUUGAAAAUCAACCUCCGAAUUGGAACGUUGAGUUCCUCCCCGGAACGCAACCGAUCCAUUUGAUCCAGAAUUCUCCUUCUUCUUCGAUCUCAAUGGCCUCCGAUUCCGCCCUUAAAACCGUCAAAAAUGUCUGCCUCUUUUACUGCGCCGAAACCAAAGCGCUCGCCGAGAGAAUUGCUGCUGAGUCAGAUGCCAUUGAGCUCCGCGCCAUCAACUGGCGGACAUUUGAAGAUGGAUUUCCUAACUUAUUUAUACCAAAUGCACACGGAAUUCGAGGAAAAAAUGUAGCCUUUUUAGCCUCAUUUAGUUCGCCGGGACUGAUUUUCGAGCAGUUAUCGAUAAUCUAUGCAUUGCCGAAACUGUUCGUUUCCUCCUUCACGCUAGUUCUCCCGUUUUUCCCUACCGGAACUUCCGAGCGAAUGGAGGACGAAGGAGAUGUGGCGACGGCUUUUACUCUUGCUAGGAUAUUGUCUAAUAUACCGACUUCCAGAGGGGGGCCUACCAGCUUAGUGACAUUCGAUAUCCAUGCUUUGCAGGAGAGAUUCUACUUUGGUGAUAAUAUAUUGCCUUGCUUUGAGAGUGGGAUACCUUUGCUUAAGAGUAGGCUCCAACAGCUCCCUGACUCUGACAAUAUAUCCAUUGCUUUCCCUGAUGAUGGUGCGUGGAAAAGAUUUCAUAAGCAGCUGCAACAUUUUCCAACGAUUGUUUGUAAUAAAGUUCGGAUAGGAGACCAACGAAUUGUACGUAUCAAGGAGGGAGAAGCUGCAGGACGGCAUGUUGUCAUUGUUGAUGAUUUGGUUCAAUCUGGUGGCACUCUAAUUGAAUGCCAGAGAGUAUUAGCAGCCAAUGGGGCAGCAAAAAUAAGUGCCUAUGUGACACAUGGAAUUUUCCCCAACAGAUCGUGGCAACGCUUUGAACAUGAUAAUGGAGGUACCCCAUGCACCUAUAUGCUCUGUGGCAUUUUGGAAGUCUCAUUUCCUGCAAAUUUUUUAUAUAAAAAAGGACAAGAAACGCAUUUCCUUUUGGUGAUGACUUCCUCUCUCAAACACAUUGCCUUUAGGAAAGCUUGAGCCCCAAAUUUUUACGGAGGAAUAGUGUUCAGAAAAAUGAAUUUCCAUAAACUAAAAUGACUCAACUUGAAUUAUUACUUAUUAACAUGUGAUAAUCCUAGUAUCUCCUAGAAUUACCAUUUACAAGACGUCAUUCAUGGUACAGUGAGCUACAGAAUUGUUACUGUGGUUGGCAGCUUUCUGCAGUUUCUGAAUUUAGUUUAAUCAAUUCUACUGGCUGAUAUUCUCAAAUUAUGUAGGGCAUCCUGAGACUGGGUUAACCUACUUCUGGAUUACUGAUUCUUGCCCUCAGACAGUGAAAGAGGUGAUGGGCAAACCUCCAUUUGAAAUUCUUA